AUGGCUGGGCCCAUCGGUGCCAUGCUCUACCAAGCCUACAUGAAAUGGUUCCCGAUUCCGCUUCCAGCCCCAGACUCCUUCUCUGGGCAGACCGCCGUCGUGACCGGCGGCACCAGCGGCUUGGGCCUGGCCGCUGCCGUGCACCUCGUCAACCUUGGCGCCUCCGAAGUCAUAAUCUCGAGCCGCAAUCCCUCGCGGGCACAUGAUGCGCUGGAGGCUAUCGAGAGAGCCACAGGCGGCAAGAGCAAGGGCAAAAUGAGAGUCCUCGAUCUGGACAUGGAGAAAUAUGCAAGUGUUGUUGCGUUCGCAGAGGAGGUCAAGGCAAUCAAGGAGGGCAAGGGCGGUGUCGAUGUUCUGAUUCUGAACGCCGGUGUUGCGGGCGUGGACCACAAGCUCUCGGAUGAGGGAUGGGAGCAGAAUAUCCAAGUCAACACCCUCUCGACCACGCUCCUGGCACUGCUCUUACUCCCGCACUUGAAAGCAGAGCGCCCGAACCGCCGCACGGCGGCACACCUCAGCAUCGUGGGCUCGAUGCGUUUCGGAGACCCUGACAUCAAAGAGUGGAAAUCCUGGCAAGUAGGGAACAAGGGCGAGGGCGAGGGUGUCCUCGAGCAUCUGAGCCGACGCGAAAACUUCCCCGGGCCUAGUGUCAUGUACGCCAGCACGAAACUGCUAGUAAUGUACGCCUUUACAGAGUUGGUGGAGUUGGCCAAAGGCACUGAUGGCCGGCCACAGGUGAUCCUCAACACCAUGUGCCCCGGCAUUGUCAAGACGGACCUGCCGCGCAAUUACAAGGGCAAAGGAGCCGUGUUCGUGGCCGGCAUCGGCGUCUUCUACGCCCUGUUCGGCAAGUCGGCCGCGGACGGGGCCCGCGCGUACUUGGCCGCCGUGACGACGGAAGAGAGCGAGCACGGCAAGUUCAUCCAGUUCUACAAGAGCGAGAAGCAGCUACAGGCCUUAUCAAACAGGGUCCUGACCUCCGAGGACGGAAAGCGGAUGCAGUCUCAGAUAUGGCGGGAAAUUACAGGGGAGCUUGGAAGAAAAGUACCAAAAGUCAGGGACUUUCUUGUCGUGUCACAGGUCACUGCAAAACGUUGA